ACCCCGUCCAGCUCGGUUCUGGGGCGGCCGCACUCCGGGAGACUCCGGGAGACUUCCGGCGGCGGGGCGGGCGCUGGGUCUUGGCGAACCGGCUUCGGAAACGGCGGCGGCGCGAUGACCACGCUACGGGCCUUCACCUGCGACGACCUGUUCCGCUUCAACAACAUUAACUUGGAUCCGCUUACAGAAACUUAUGGGAUUCCCUUCUACCUACAGUACCUCGCCCACUGGCCAGAGUAUUUCAUAGUUGCAGAGGCACCUGGUGGAGAAUUAAUGGGUUAUAUUAUGGGUAAAGCAGAAGGCUCAGUAGCCAGGGAAGAAUGGCACGGGCACGUCACAGCUCUGUCUGUUGCCCCAGAAUUUCGACGCCUUGGUUUGGCUGCUAAACUUAUGGAGUUACUAGAGGAGAUUUCAGAAAGAAAGGGUGGAUUUUUUGUCGAUCUCUUUGUAAGAGUAUCUAACCAAGUUGCAGUUAACAUGUACAAGCAGUUGGGCUACAGUGUAUAUAGGACGGUCAUAGAGUACUAUUCGGCCAGCAAUGGGGAGCCUGAUGAGGACGCUUACGAUAUGAGGAAAGCACUUUCCAGGGACACUGAGAAGAAAUCCAUCAUACCAUUACCUCAUCCUGUGAGGCCUGAAGACAUUGAAUAACCCUGGGCAGUGGUUCUUAGGCAGAUACUCUAGAUACUUUAUCGACAAUAUUAUUUUCAUUGGAUGAUUCUGGAGCUCUCUUAGGAGAAAAGUAAUCAUUUUAGGUCUUAAAGACUUCAAGAAAAUACAGGUUAUCAAUUUAUUUAAAAUCUCAUUGUUUCCAGUUAGCAAUGUCAUACCUAUUAAAGCUGUUCACUAACAAAAUUCAAUCACAAAGGCAGCUAGGUCAGAAGGAAACAUCCCACUCUCAUGGUUCAUAAUAUUCACUGUAUGUAUGCUAGGGAAAAGAUUUGCUUCAGUCUCCUCCUAAAUUCUGUGCCUGAGAACCACUGCUGCAUAUAUUUGUUUUUAAAUUUUGUAUUGAACUGUUAAUUGAAGCUUUAAAAGCAUAUAGGAGAUGUAUAAAUCUAAGAUGUAUAAUAAAAUACAUUGUUGAC